UUGUUUAUUUUUGUGAUGAUUGCAUUUAGCAGGUUUAGAAAAAACAUACUGUCAACGACAUCUUGGCUAUCAAAUGGCUCAAUAGUAUUAAAAAAAUAUGUACAUAAAAAUAUAAAUUUUAUACCAAGACAUGUUUUGAUUGUGUCAAAAGUAUCACGUUAUCAAGUUGAACGUAUUCGUGAAUCACAGCUUAGUGAUGAUGAUUUUAAAAGAUACAUGAUUGAAAGAGGCACGGACUAUCAAAGAAUGGUUGAAACACAUGAAAAAAAUAAAAAUGUUCAAGAACAAGUUGUUAAAACAUUGAAAAAAUUAAAUAUUCAGUAUAUUCUAAAAAAUAGAUUAACAAUUGAAAAAUUCGAUUUCGAUUGGGCUGAUUUUGUGAUUUCGAUUGGUGGAGAUGGUACAUUUCUUUUGGCAGCAAAUUUAAUAUUUGACAAUAAAAAACCAGUUAUUGGAAUAAAUUCUGAUCCAGAUAUGUCUGAGGGUUAUUUGAUGCUUGACAGAUAUUUUACAAAUAACAUAUCGCGUAUAUUUGAUAAAUUAAAAAAUGGUGAAUUCGAGUAUUUAAUGAGAACAAGAAUACGAGUUACAUUGGAAGGUGAUGGAAUAUGGGGUGUACCAUUUCAUAUGCAUGAAAAAGCUAGAAUAUGUGGACAAGAAAUAUUUUGUACAAAUGAUAAAUCAGCAGAGGCACAAAAAACACGUCGUUUACCCUGGUUGGCAUUGAAUGAGGUAUUUAUUGGUGAAUCAUUGUCAGCAAGAACGAGCUCAUUGAAAAUUAAAAUAAAUGAUAGUAAUGAUUAUUAUCAAGUUAAAAGUUCUGGUGUAUGUGUUAGUACUGGAACUGGUUCAAGUUCCUGGUAUCGUGCUAUCAACAGUAUGACAACACAAAUGCUCAGGGAUAUUGUUCAAUUUGUUGAUCCAAAUAAAAAUUAUACAGAUGAAGAGGCUGAUAAAAUUUGUAAUCAAUUUAAUGAAAGCUUGCUAUUUCCACCAGAUGAUUUGGCAAUGAGCUAUGCAAUUAGAGAUAUUAUUAUGAAUGAAAUAUGGCCACUACCAAAGAAAAUAAAUCCACGUGAUUUUUGUAACAAAUUAACAAUUAAAUCACAGUGUUAUGAUGCAGGCUUGGUAUUUGAUGGAGGCAUUGGUAUACCAUUUAAUAUGGACACCACAGCUAUUCUUGAAACUCAUCCAGAAGAUAAACUUCGAACAAUUAAAUUUUUAGAUUAAUAAUAUUUUUUUAUAUAACAUUUAUAUAUAAUUGUAUAAAAAAAAAAAACAAAACUAUAAUUAUUAAUUAAUAAUUGAACAAGAAAAAAAAAAACUAGCUUUCAUAUAUUUGAUACACGUGUUUUUUAUAAUAUUUUUUUAAAUAUGUAAUUCAUUAAAUAUUUUAAUUUAUUAUUUUAUUAUCAAUAAAUAUGAUGACCAAAUGAGAAAUAAUUGUUAAAAAUAAUUUAAAAAAAAAAAAACUAGGGAAAAUCAGUUUAAAAAUAAAAAACCGUUCGAGAAAAAAAACACCAGAUUCGUGGAAUUAUGGGGGGACGAUGGAGAGACCGAGCUCCAAUCAAAAUUCGAGAAUAAGCCAAUUGAGACUCAGAUUCUGAGAAUUGUCCGAAAAAAAAAGUGCCUGAUCUCACGUAGUUUAGUCCUGGAUUGUGAUUGUAUUUAGACAAAAUAAAAGUGUAA